GGAAGGGGCCCCGCGGGACCUUAGCAACUUUCCCUGUACUAUGGCGGCCUCCGCGCCGACCCCGCGCGCGACGGGCUCCCCGGCCGAGGGCCGGUGCGGUUACUAUGUGGCCAAGAAGAAGAGGUUCUGCAGGAUGGUGGUGGCGGCCGGGAAAAGGUUCUGCGGCGAACACGCUGGUGCCGCGGAGGAAGAAAAUGCUCGGAAGAGGAUCCUGUGUCCUUUAGAUCCAAAACACACAGUGUAUGAAGAUCAACUGGCAAAGCAUUUGAAAAAAUGUAAUUCAAGAGAGAAGCCCAAACCGGACUUCUUCGUUCAGGAUAUUAAUGCAGGCCUGAAGGAUGAAACAGAAACGCCUGACCAAUUCGUUCCCAUUUCUUCUCUCCCCGAAGAGCAGUUGGAAAAUUUAAUCAUGAAAUUGAGAAAAGCAAGUGAAGGUCUGAACGCCACACUCAGGGAUCAGACUAUGUCCCAUCCAGCACUACACGACGCCCUCACGGACCCGAGAAAUGGUGACUCCGCAACCAAACACCUGAAACAGCAGGCUUCUAUUUUAGGUAACAUUGAAAAGUUAAAGUUACUCGGUCCGAGAAGAUGCUUUGUCGAGUUCGGAGCAGGAAAGGGAAGGUUGUCUCACUGGGUCGAUAUUGCCUUAAAAGACGCUGAGGAAGUUCACUUCGUCCUGGUGGAGAAGGUGACCACGAGAUUCAAGGUUGAUGGCAAACACAGAAAGAAAAACGCAGUGUUUGAAAGGCUUCAGAUUGACAUUCAGCACUUGUGUUUGAACAAGAUCCCCGUGCUCAGCAGAGAGAAGCUGCCGGUGGUGGGGAUCGGAAAGCACCUGUGCGGGGUGGCGACUGACCUGGCGCUGCGGUGUUUGGUCGGAGCCGGCGGGGCCCGCGGCGAGGACGGGAGCGGGGAGCCCUCAGCCAAGCGCAGGAAGGACGGCAGAGCGGACGGAGAAGCGCGCACCGCGGCGGAGGAAGGGCGCGGCGGACCAGCCCCGGCGCCGUGGAGCCCCCCGGUGGCCGGCAUCGUCAUCGCGCUCUGUUGCCACCACAGGUGUGACUGGAGGCACUACGUGGGCAGGGAGCACUUCCGGGCGCUGGGCCUCGGGGCCCUGGAGUUCCACUACUUCCAGCGGAUGAGCAGCUGGGCCACGUGCGGCCUGCGGGGCGCCGCGAGGAGAGGCGGCCCGAGCGCGGACGGCGAGGAGCACGACGGCGCGGGGCACCCGGUCACGGACGGCCGCGCCGAGAGCCCGCCGGGGUCCCUCACCGCGGAGGAGAAGGAGGACAUCGGGCGCCUCUGCAAGCUGCUGAUCGACCACGGCCGCGCGGAGUACCUGCGGCGGCACGGCUUCCGGCCCGCGCUGCAGUACUACACGGAGCCCGGGGUGUCCCCCGAGAACGUGCUGCUGACCGCCGUGCCGCAGCGGCCCUGCCCCGCGGCGGAAGCCUCCGCCUGACGCGGGCGGGGCCUGAACCACCGCUGUCUUCCACCAGAAAAAGAAGAGCUCUUUUAAACCGUAUUUUUAUAUUCACGAAAACGUAAUCUGAAUAGGAGAGAAUAUGGACUUGAAAAGACCUUGUGGCCUCAUGGAACUUUGGUGAUAGCUUUGUUUCUUACUCGAGAGAAGUCCAGACUCGAGAGAAGUCAUCGCGGUCCCGCCGUGGUCCUCAGUGGGCCACCUGGAUUCGGGUCAUGCGUCAGGGUUCACGGAGACGGGUGGGUUGGCCAGACAGCCGGCCGGGUUAUCUGAAACACACGGAACACGUCACCACGGGGCCAGCGCGUCCGCUUUCUGCUGCACUAAUUCGGAAGCGCAUUUGCCUUCGGUUUCACUUAGUACUUUUUAUCGCUCAAGUUCAAGACGUUAAGGAUCAAUUGUCAGUUUCCAACAAGAGCCAAUCUGAGAAUCUGGCUUCUGUAUGGAUUUUUUCUUUCCAUGCAGAUCCGGAAAGGAUAAUCAAUUACGAUUUUUUUUAUGCAAACAAACUCAGAGAUGUUUACAGUCAGUAAGUUUACCUUCCGGUUUCCAGAGUCAGACCUGUGUUUGUGUAUUACCGGAAUUUGUCCGUGCAAACACCAAAACUGAAGAGAUAUUUUCAAGUGGGAAAAAAACCUAUUUCAUUUUAGUAGAUAAUUAUCUAGUUAGAACUUCAAAAAAGACAGAAGCCCAUUUCACAAUUUGAAAUUUGCAGAUGUCUUCUGAAAUUAAUUACCUCGAAUCUUUUAACGGGCCAUUUUUACAUGUAUAAAUACAAAUACAAGUAUAUUCUCUUGUUUGGAAAAAUAAUUUGGAGUGAAGUAGACAUUAGAUAGUGAAACCAAAAACCUCACAUUUAGACCUCAUUUAGCUCAUAUAAACAGUUUCUAUGCACAAGCAAGUAUUAAACCAAACAAGUCAGGAUUGUUACUGUUUUCCACAUUUUAUCCUUGACUUAUUCUGCCUUUAUUUGUAAAAAAAAAAAACAAAAAACU